UGGCAAAAAGAAACGAUGUAUUAACAAACGUUCUAAUGAACAGCAGCAAAUACAAAAAUGGAUUAACUGCUGUGAGUCUGUGACUCAAGAUUCUAACUAUAUUCUGGACGAAAAUGGUAUUUUUUAACCGGAUUUGCCAAGUGUCAUACACUCAUUGUGGAUUUGUGGGCACAAUUGUCUAUUGACAUGUCACAUGUGUUGUGCAACUUCUGUAAUCUGUAUGAACCAUUCAUGUGUCAAUGUGUCAUCAUCUAGCUGGCUGCCACACUUACAUGGGGGUGCAAUGUCUGAUCUGAGAUAAAUAAUCCAUUUCUGGCAGGGGGGUUUCAUAUGGAAUACAUAGUCUAAUACACAGGUGCAAACUCAAAUUUUCCCUUUAAUAAGCCCAAAAAUCUAUUCAGUCAAGUCACAUUACCUUGAGAAAUUAACACAGCUGCAAAAUAUGAAUAAAUGCUACCAUGACUUUUUAUUGACUAAACACAAUUUGUAGGGUAACAUGCACAUACAUUUUUUUAAAUUGGGAGGCUCAGAUUUUCGCCAAAUUAAUCAAGACAAUGCACUAAACAGCCAGGCUGCUAACAACAGUUACCUUGGGAUAACUGGUGGAAGAAAUUGAAACAAGUAGUAUCUAGGAUACAACUUGUCUUCUUCCUCCAUCACCCACACCUUCUGAGUUGCCAUGCCAAUAGCUAAUGAUAUAGCCGCAAAGUCAUUGUUAAAAGAUGUAUCAUCAUAGCCCUCGUGAAUCUAGGGUUUAGGUAGGCAACUAAACAAACAAAAAAAACAAUUUCCUAGAAAGAUAUGAAAACAAGUGCCACUCACGAAGUGCCAAACAUAUUUGAAUAUAAGGAUUUAUAUAUCCACUCCAAACUAUUGAGGCUCCUUUUGGUAGUCAGUCAUGCUUAGAUGAAUAAUCUAAAUAAAAAGAAUAACUUGCGUUACUAAACACUUUUACUUUCAGAAAAGUAUGCAGACUCGGCCAUUCUAGCUGGAUAACGCUUGUGAAACAAGCCAAGGAAAAACAAUAAAUACAAGUACUUGUGGAAAAUUCAAGGGGGUUGUUUACAUCAAACAGUGGGGAAAUUAUUGGCAUAAAUAUGAGAGUAACCACCCCAUCAAGCCGCCAUCAAGCCAAAGUAUACCAGUAAAUGUUAGUACUUGUGGAAAACUCAGAGGGAUUGUUCAGUUUGAACAGUGGUGAAAUCAAUGGCAUAAAUAUGAAAACCUCCAUCAUUAUGAAGCCUGAAAUCCUUCUCAGUUUGUGCUCCCAUUUUCAAUUUAAAUCCAAAGAGUUUAAUUCUUAUAUUUACUUAAAAAGGUCAGGUUUUCCACUAACUUCGGGAUGCAUAUUAGAAAACCACAACCACUGCAGAUGCCAACCGACUAGCACCAGCAACAUGAGCAACAUGCGGACAGGUCAGUUGACAUCCAAGAGGGUGCCAGAUUUAAACACCUCACAAUCAAGCAUAUUAGUCAAGAAGCUUAUCUUCAAUUUUCAUUGCUUCAACCAAACGAAGUGUUAAUAUUCACAGCACUUCCUUGUGCUCAAAUCCUUACACCAAUGGUUUCUUAUUUAUUGUAAGGGAACAGGCUCAGUUCCUUUUAUAUGUAAGGGGUAAAAGGAAAAGGGGAUGGCUGCAAAACACAGUUUUAUCUGGAUUGCCCCGCCAAGAUACAGGUCUAAUUUCCUUAACCCAUUUAGUUCUACGCAAAUCAUACCAUCAUCGGCCUACCAAGAAUUUUUAAGGUGUGCAAAUAAGAUUAUUAGCAACAAAUUGUACUCUGUAUAUCAGGAACCAGCUCAAAAAGAACAUAUAUUACUCCGUAUUAAAUUCAAAAGGGUUAUUGAACCGAAGGGCAACUUCAAAUCUCUGGCAUGCAGGGAAAGGGCAACCACCCUUAAAAACCUAUCAUUCCCUGGGCAGCCUCCAGAGAUAUCAAUAAAAUGCAUCCUCUCAGACUCAAACCCUAAUCCCAACAGUGUAAUAAGGUCAUAGUCUAUGUGAGGAUGUAGGCUCAGAUUCUUUUAUAUGAACAGGACAGGGUCCAAGGAAAAUACACCGACAUGGCUGCAAAUCUCAAUUUCAUAUUGAUUUGCCCUGCCACGAUUUGGGUUAAAUUUCCUCACCAUGAAGCUCCAAUUAAAUCUUAGCAUCAUCACAGCCUACUAACAUAUCCUGAUAAGAACAUAUACUGCACACUAUUAUUAUUGUUGUUGUUGUUACUACUACUCUUUAAGGGCUGUUGAUUUUCAAGGGCGACAUGAAAUCAUUAGCAUGCAGAGAGGGGCAACCACCCUUAGAAACCUCAACCCUCUGCAGCAUCAAAUUAUUAGAGCAUUUCUACAAAAAGCGAAGUAUAUAUUACCCUUUGGGAAUUCUUUCAGCUGGACAAACUUUUCAAUCAGCAUGAGUCUCAGAUAUGUGUUUAUAAGAUGCACAGCAUAGAAGACAACCCUUCUGGCUGCAAUCCGGGUCAAAACAGAAACAUCUCGGAAUCCCGGAUUGCCCUGCCCAAAAGGUACCAUCUUCUCCAUGCCCAAUGAAAUCCAAAAAAUGCUUCCUCACAGACCCAUACACAACUAAUCCACUUUUUUAAACGCAAUUCGAAGUUUCAUCUAGGAAACGGUGAAUGUGGUGGACUGGUGGCUAGCCAUCCUAGUGCAAAUGCAAUGAGGAGGAAGAGGAAGAAGAAGCAGAUGAAGAAGACAGUUAUAUACGAAGUACGGAGUAUUAAAUAUUUGAAAGGGUUGUUAGCUAAUGAGAAAUCAUUGGCUCACAGAGACCGGCAACCACCCUUAGAAAUCUGUAUCUCUAAUAGCCUCAUUCAUCCACAAGAUCAAAAUCUUGCAUUUCUCAAUACUGAUUCCUCUGUGACAGUGGCGGCGGCGGCGGCGGCGGGAAGAGGAUGAAUGUAAAUCCUCAUCGUCUCUGGAAUCUGCACUUUGAUUAUGUGCAAUCUUAUGAUCCCUAGCCAAUGUGGGACUUGAC